GGUGCCCGUAUCGAUGAACCAACGAGCGGCCUUUUGCUGCCGAUAGUGGGAACAAUAAAUACUAUGUUGGCGGGGCGAGCGGCGUCCGUUAUUUCCGCUGUUAGUAGCCGGCGACGACGCCAACGAUCAUCCGUCUUCUCGAAUUUUCGCUGUCGAUAGACCUGAUCAGAUAAAAUGACUUCUUACAAAGUCACGUACUUCCCGGUGAAGGCAUUGGCUGAGCCCAUCCGAUUCCUCUUCAGCUAUGCAGGAGUGGACUUCGUCGAUGACCGCUUCGACCGCGAAAAUUGGCCGAACCUGAAAUCUCAAAUGCCGUUCGGCCAAGUGCCGGUUCUCGAGGUGGACGGAAAGAAGAUUCAUCAAUCCGUUGCUAUUUCUCGCUAUCUGGCUAAACAAUUUGGUCUUGCCGGCAAGGACGAUUGGGAAGCCCUUCAAAUCGACGCUGCAGUCGACACCAUCCAUGACUUGAGAGCCAAACUCGGAGCUUAUCACUACGAGACCAACACCGAAGUGCGAGACGCCAAGUACGAAGUCCUCGUUAAGGAAACCCUUCCUUAUUACCUGGAGCGUUUGGACGCACAGGUGGAGAAGAACGGAGGGUACCUGGUUGGAGGGAAACUGACCUGGGCUGAUCUCACCUUCGUCGCUCUUCUGGACUAUCUGAAUUUCAUGGCAAAGUUCGAUCUCGUCGAGAAAUACGAAAACUUGAAACAGCUGAGAGAUAAGGUCUUGGCUGAGCCGAAGAUCAAGGCCUGGGUCGACAAGCGCCCAGCCUCCGAGUGCUGAACCUGGACGCGUCUUCUCAUCCUGGCGCCGUCGCCAACGCUUUCGGAUUUACCGAAUCGUUGAAAGUUUCGACAUUUCUAAGAGAGAAAUAGCUGUAGGCCCGCAACCCUAUCUGUGCCAGGAAAAUGCGAAAAGGAAGUCUCUUCGCAAGGAGAAUCGCAAUUUACCGAAAAGAAGUUCCUGCUAUCAGCGUCCUUUUCCCUCGCUACCGCUUUCAGCUUGUCACAGAUAAAAGUAUUGUUCGUUAAACAAUUAAGGAGAAUAGAGUUCGAUGAUGCUGCGCGUGGUGUAUUUCGUAUUCAAAUAAAUACUUCAUUUUACUAUA